AUGGGUGUGGCGUCUUCUAUGAUUGAAGACGACAAGGUCCUUGUGUUAUGCCAGGAGAGGAAGCGUUUUGUUAGAGAGGCACUUGAUGGAAGAUGUGCGCUUGCAUGUGCUCACCAUGAUUAUAUUGUGUCACUUAGAGAUACGGGAUCUCUUCUGAGAAAUUGUUUUGAAGGAGAGAAGUCUCCUGCAGCUGCAAAUAAGGAGGGUCAUGUUGCAGAUUCAGAAGAUGGUUUCGACAAUCCGUCCACUGAAACUGUGGCACAGGCUCAAAUUUUUUUUUUUGCUGCAGCACAUGGAUCAAAGGCAUCAAAGUUUCUUGCGACAUUUCUUGUUUGCUGCAGGGAGGAAGUUUCUAUUCCCAAACCUCCUCCUCAAGCUGAGAUAAAGUACCUUACCUGGCAUAGAUCAGUGUCUUCACAGCUGUCGCCAUCUAAGAAUCCUCCUCGAACUAUUCUUGUCGUCCAUACAUCGACGCUAGAUAGGUUGUAUGCAUGGGAGACAAAGCUUUAUGACGAAGUUAAGUUACGCGGCCUGUUGCCGUUUGGUAACGCCAAGUGUGAUUCUGCUUUCAGGCCAAUAGCUCCAUCUGCAGGAAGUAUGAUGAGAAAUCUGGAUGAGCUAAUUGAGAGUCUCACCAUGAUAUGGGCAACCAUGCUCCAGUGCCAUCGGCAUCAACACGGGAUCAUCAAGUCACUAUCCAGCAGCUGCAAAUUACAAAUACCAUUCGACUCCGACUCUCAUUGCCAAACCGUAGCUCUCCUCUCCGCUGAGCUCGGAAAACUACGGUUAAACUUACAAAACUGGAUCUCAUCCCACAAGGCCUACCUGCGCAGCAUAAACCUGUGGCUGCACAAGUGUAUGAAACCUCUGAGGAAGAGGAAGAGCUCCAGGAAGCAAAACGCAGCCGCCGUCGACGUCUCGCUGGCGGAGUGCGCCGUCGCGCCCAUGUUCGCCGCCGGCGAGACCUGGAUGAAGCUGCUGGACGAUCUGCCGACCGAGGACCUGGAAGAGGCCAUCGAGUGUCUUGUUGCCGGUAUAAGCCGCCUUCUGCCACGCCGUUUGGAUCAACGCCUGGACGAGACGGUAAAAGAUGGUGAAGCGGAGCAAGAGGUUCCUAGAGACGAUGCCGCUGCCGAUUUAAGAUCGAUCCUCGUGGUGUUCGUCGAGAAGCUUGAGGCAUUUUCGGAAGUUUCAGUGCAGAAAUACCUCGAUCUGCAGAGAGGCGUCGGUGCGGCUAAAGACAGGCUUGUGAGAGAGGCUUGA